GUGCUGGAUGCGCUGCGACCACAGCGUUUAUCAUCAAUACGGGGAAACCCUGACAGCCGUUUUGUUGAUUCUUGUCUUCUUUGUUCGAUUUCUGAAGGUUUGCGUGAGUGGAGGAUGUGAAAGUCGCGCACGAAUAAAUCUGCGUUAUCUAGCCAGCAUUACCGGUCGUUCACAUAACGGCAAGACGUGGAUAUAUCAACAAACAUCAUCGUCAACAGUAUCCAUCAUCGCGAAUCCCUAAGGUCCCAUCAAACCGACAAUCCAACAUAUCAACCUUACAACUCAUCGUUCAAGAUGCAGGAAACCGACCUCCACUACCCUCCGCAAACCUGUCCCUUCUGCACCAUCGCCGCUGCCUUCCCCUUCCCAUCAUCACCCUCCACCUCUUCCUCGCCAAACAGUCCACCGCCCACUCCCUCACUAUGGAAGAGCAGUAGGACCCAGGAAAAAGAACUGUUGAAAGAGAGUAUACCGAAAGAGGAGGAGAGCGAUCCGGAGAAAACUAAUCCGAGUAGUUUUGUGGUGUUGCGGAGCAAGGAUGUGGUUGCUUUUUUGGACAUCUUGCCCAUGACUGGAGGCCAUUUACUCGUUACUACACGCCAUCAUAAAGUCAAAGUCGCGGAUAUGGAAGCUGUGGAGAGUAAGGAGAUUGGUUUCUGGUUACCGAUACUAGCACGGACGGUGGCUAAAGUAACGGGUGUGACGGAUUACAAUAUCGUGCAGAAUAAUGGAGCACGUGCGGCGCAAGUAGUGCCUCAUGUACAUUUCCACAUUAUACCGCGUCCGGAGACGAUGCCAGAGAUCAAGAACAAGAGCUGGACGAUGUUUGGACGGGGCCAGAGGGAUGACUUGGAUGAUGAGGAGGGGGCUAAGAUGGCGGGGGAGAUGAGGAGGGUUUUGAGGGAGGAGGUGGAGAAGAUGGGCACUGCGAGCGCGAAGUUAUGAGAAGUCAUGAGAGGGCCUUGCUUUUGGUUGUUGUUGGCAUGAGCGGGUGGAUGUAUCAACAUGGUUGGGUUCAUUACUGCUGCUGUUGAAGCGCAUAAUUCGUAUUCAGUAUCAUCAACUUUGGGAAACUAUCCAAAGAACGCUGGGUAUCAUCACUCUUUCCCUGUCCAUCCAUUGCAUUCAUCCUGCGACGCCAAGAACGC